CUUUGGCUGAAAAAAAAUUGCAACGCGCCCCUUUGAGAAGUUAGAGCCGAGGGGCACAGUUUGCAUAAACUUUAGAGAUCACCCCGCUCGGCUUGGCUCGCUGGCUGUUCCGCCGCGAUGGUUUAUUGAUUAAAUCCGACUCCCAGCGAGAUUGCGAUGAACAGCUUCACACUGUGUGUCAGUCUUCUGUCUGUGCUUUCUACCGGUUUCGCAGAGCAAACUUCCAAGGGUGCACCCACUGGCAAAGCUGUUCAGGAUGUGUUGCAUGAGGAUAACCCAGAUCAACUUUACAGAACGAUUCAGACCAAAUUUAACCUUCACAGUUCGACAAAUGCAGGUGGAAAGGACUGUGCCAUCAUUGCAGGUGUAGGCGACAGUCUGCAGAAAUGCAACUUCAAUAUGACUUCCACAACGUUCAUUAUCAUUCAUGGUUGGACGACAACAGGGUUGAUGGAAUCCUGGAUCAGCGGUAUGGUUAAAGCCUUACAAAAGCAAGAAGCCCACGCCAACAUCAUCGUGGCAAACUGGCUGGACCGUGCACAUCAGCUUUACCCAGUGGCGGUCAACAACUCCAAGGAGGUCGGGAAGGAAGUUGCUGUCUUGAUCGAUUGGCUGGAGCGGGAGACCCGUUUUUCCCCUCGGAAGUUGCAUUUGAUUGGCUACAGCCUGGGUGCCCACGUUGCAGGAUUCGCUGGGAAAGCUGCAAGGAACAGAAUUGGACGAAUCACAGGCUUGGAUCCAGCUGGCCCCAUGUUUGAAGGUGAAGACCCAGAUAGGCGACUUUGCCCGGAUGAUGCAGACUUUGUGGACGUGCUUCAUACUUUUGCCUACAAUACACUGGGAGUCAGCAUCGGCAUCGAGCGGCCCAUUGGUCAUAUUGAUGUUUAUCCAAAUGGCGGCAGUUUCCAGCCUGGCUGUGGUCUUCACAAUGUCCUUAACGCCAUAGCCAGUGGAAAUUUUGGUGAAGUGGUUUACUGUCAGCAUGAGCGCUCCGUGCAUCUCUUCGUCGACUCCAUCCUCAAUCAGGAUAAGCAGAGCUGGGUGUAUCGCUGUCCAGACACCAAGACCUUCGAGAAGGGGAUGUGCCUCAGCUGCCGGAAGAACCGUUGCAACAAAUUAGGCUACAAUGUGAAUAAAAUCAGAAGUAAACGCAGCAAAAGGAUGUACCUGAAGACGAGGGCAGAUAUGCCCUUUAAAAUGUUCCACUAUCAGCUAAAGUUGCACUUAUUCAGCACAAAGGCAAUAGAGGACUCCAACCCCAAACUGAAUGUCAACUUCUACGGCACUGCUCUCGACAGCAGGGUUACCAGCAUUGAAAUGCCUGAGCAGAUUAGUGCAAACAGGACACAUUCUUUUCUUGUCUACCUGGAGGAGGAGAUCGGGGACUUGCUGAGGAUUAAACUGAGCUGGGACAAAUCCACCUCGUCGUGGUCGUUUUGGACAAAUUUUAAAAAUUUGUGGUACGGGUCGGCCUCUGAUGGGGACACAGAUCUGAAUGAGCUGGAGAUAAGGAAGAUACGAGUGAAGUCUGGGGAAACGCAGAAGAAGUAUACAUUCUGUGCAAGCAAUCCAUCAGCCACAAAAAUCUCGCCUGGGAGUGAGUUGACUUAUAUCAAGUGUCUGGAUGACUGGCCGGUCAAAAAUAAAACCAGGUAAAUUUUUUUUCUUCUCCCUGAAGUUUUAGAUUUGACCAGAAGGAUUUUUCUUCUUUUAAAAAAAACAAAAAAAAAUUAUAUCCUCAAAAUGGACUGCCCAGUUUCCUUUUUUUGUUUUAGGUUAGUUUAGUGGUUUUGUUUCAUAAUAGAAAUCUUGAGUCUCGUUUUUCUAUGAAUUGUUGAGGAGUUGUGGUUCUUUUUUAUAUUGGCUCAGUAUACUAUACAUGAUUUUGACAGUGUGUAUUUUUGUUUGUACCUUUAUUGAAAUAUGUAUUUGAGAUAACUUCUCUGACUUGUAUUUAUCCCUAUUCUUCUAAAUUAAUAAAAAAGAUUGAAAUGAAAAGAUUAACUGUCUUUCGUGGUGGGGUGGAGGUGUCUCUACCAAGGGGGUGUAAGGUGCUGCUUCCCUCACAAGCCGUUAGUCUGCAGGUUGCCCUUGGAAGGAGUAGCACCUGUUUAGGCCCCCCCCAAUCAGUGUCAAGGUCACGGGCAGCAGGGGAACAGGUGGUGGAUGGUCACGUGUGUAGCUGGCCCAUAUCAUGAGUCCUGUUUAUGUGACCACUGGCGCCAGGCAGACAAUCUCUGGAGAGUAUUGACAAUGACUGGGCUCAUCUGUCUUGUGUAGACACUGUCCAGAAGGCAGAGGCAAACCACUACUGUAGAAAAAUUUGCCAAGAACUACCAUGGUCAUGAGAUCAUGAUUGCCCACGUCACACAUCACAGGGUGAUACCUGGGGACGGGGGGACGGGGGGGGUGGUGGUGAUAGAAACUUUUUUUAGGAUGGCAUGAAGUUUUGUUUUAGUAGGCUUGGUGCACUUUGCAGAAGGGAGCAAUACAAAGCUGUCAUAACAUUAGACUGGGGUAACAGAUGGAGAGGAAUAACUGGAAUGGUUGGUCAGAUUAACUUCGUAGGGGAAAAUCUC